AGUUAGUCAAUAAUAAUAAAAAAAAAAUAAAAUAAUAUGCUUUAUUGGGGUCCUGACGUGACCAGACCAGAGCAAAGAAUGGAAUGGAGUUGAAGAAGAAGAAAUAGUAGUGUGUUCCUUUCUCUCUCUCUCUCCCUCUCUUCAUAUUAGCUCUCUUUCUCUGCAAAUAUUCAAUCACCAUCAUCGUCGUCGUCUUCUUCGUCGUCAAUUGAUUCAUUUCUUGUGAAUUUCUAAGAUAAUCGCUCGCUUUCUGCAUCGGAAUCGGAUAGUAGAAAAAAAAAAGAGACGAAGAUGAAGACGUCUCUCAGAAAAUUUCGAGGUUUCGCACUGAACAAGCAGGGACCUAAAGAACGCAGAGAUCUCCGACCUUUUUCUCAAUUGGACGAGCUUGCUCAGGCUGCUCAGGAUAUGCAAGAUAUGAGGGACUGCUAUGAUAGAUUGCUUUCAGCGGCUGCAGCCACUACGAACAGCGCCUUUGAGUUCUCCGAGUCAUUGCGGGAGUUGGGUGAUUGUCUUCUUGAGAAAACUGCACUGAAUGAUGACGAAGAAAGUGGCAAGGUCCUGCUUAUGCUAGGGAAAGUGCAGUAUGAAGUUCAGAAACUUAUUGAUAGCUAUCGCUCUCAUAUAUCCCACACAAUCACCGUUCCAUCAGAGUCCCUUCUUAAUGAACUUCGGAUAGUUGAGGAGAUGAAGCGACAAUGUGAUGAAAAGAGAGAAGUAUAUGAGGAUAUGAAAGCUAAACAUAGAGAAAAAGGGAGGUCAAGAAGUGGAAGAGAGAAUUUUUCUACGCAGCAACUGAUAAUGGCUCAUGAUGAAUAUGAUCAGGAAGCAACAUUAUUUGUAUUUCGCUUAAAAUCUCUGAAGCAAGGACAAUCUCGAAGUCUUCUAACACAGGCAGCUCGUCAUCAUGCUGCUCAGUUGUGCUUCUUCAAGAAGGCUCUUAAGUCUCUUGAGGCAGUAGAGCCAUAUGUGAAACUGGUGACUGAACAGCAGCAUAUUGAUUACCAUUUUGUUGGUCUUGAAGAUGAUGAUCUAGAUGAUUAUGAUGACUAUAAUGAUGAUCGUGACGAUGACGACGAUGAUGGUAGCUAUGAUUCAAAUGAUGAUGGAGAAUUGAGCUUUGACUAUGGCCAAAAUGAUCAGGAACAAGAUGUUUCUACAUCACGAAACUCUAUGGAGGUUGAUCAGGUGGACCUUACUUUUCCCAAGGUAGCAAAGGUGGAAGAUCUCAAGAACAAUGUUAAUAGACUGCACAGACAUAAUGCUUCUUUCAGGGCUAGGAUAGUUAGCCAAUCAGCCCCACUUUUUGCUGAGAAUAAAGUGGAUCCUAGCGAAAAAUUGAGACAAAUGCGGCCAUCAUUCACACGAAAGUUCCACUCAUAUGUCCUACCCACACCAAUUGAUGCAAAAAGUGCAGUUUCUAUUGGAUCAGGUAAUCCUGUGAAGCACACAGCAAUUACAAAUCUAAGCGGGGGAAAACAGAAUUUGUGGCAUUCAACCCCCUUGGAACCAAAAAUGUAUGAAAAGAAUUCUCAGGUUGAGAGCAUUUAUGUACCAAAAGUUAUAAAAGUACAGUCUGUACUGAAAGAAAGCAACAACAAUAUUGCAACACGUCAGCUACCUCCUCCAUUGUUAGACGGCCAUAUAUUUUCGCGCAAUGAUCAAGUUUCUGCUUCUGAUUCUAAAAAAAUUAAAAGGCAAGCCUUUUCUGGUCCGUUAACAAGUAAGCCAUGGUCCUUGAAUCAUCCCCAGUUAUAUUCUGGACCUCUCCUACGAAAUCCAGUGCUCCAACCUUCAUCCUCACCACCUAAAGCCUCUGCAGGUGCUUCCCCUACUUUUAUGUCCUCACCUAAAAUUAGUGAGCUUCAUGAAUUACCUAGGCCUCCCACUAGUUCCUCCUUCCAGUCUCCAAGAUCAACGGGUUUGGUUGGUCAUUCUGCCCCUCUAGUGUCUAGAGCUCAAGUACAGUCUUCCAUAAAAAUGGUGACUAAAUCUCCUUUGCCAAAACCCCCUCAAACCGUUUCUCGUAGUUUAUCCAUACCCUCAAACGAUUCUAGGUUUGUGGAUUUACAAGUGUCGAAACCAAUGAAAGUUCCUCUCAACUCUCUGAUUGCAGAAGACCUUGUUUCCCCACCAUUGUCACCACUUGCCUUAUCUAACAACUAGCCAUUAUCAACAAGUUUUCAGAUCUUCAUCGGUUGGUCCAAACCAGAGGUGAGUGUACGUUAUCAUUUUGUGGCCAUAAUUUUGGUUCUAACUUUGGCAAUGGAGAGUUCUUGGUGGGAAGGGUCGUUUCUCGUUAAUUAGUUUGUACAGGCGCUGCUGCUGCUGCUGAAUAUGUAAAUAUCUUUUGUCUCAAGUAUGAUAAUUGUUAAUUGUCUUUUCAAUCAUUUUUACCAUUAAUUAUCCGCCAUGAUGGGUUCAUUACAUAAUUUACUUCAAUAAUUUUUAUGGUGAUCCAUCAUUGAGGAGUUUUGUAUUCACUACACUACGAGCUAUCUAUAAUCAGUAAUCAUUUUUUUUUUCAAACCAA